AUGUUCCCAACCGGUGAGAAAUCGAAAGAGCAAGAGCUUCAAAACCUUAUCCAAAAUGCCGGCGAAUAUCCACACCACAAUCCUGGUUUUUACGGCGUGCUCCCGUCUUUGUCAAAAAUAGUCAAACUCUGCCUGGAAAAUGGGAAGGCCAUUGCAAACCUUGAAGAGCUGGAGAAUGAGGCGUUGAAACAGUUCAAGGAAUUAGAAAAGCCGGACUUCGAGUUUCUACAUGUUGCUUUAGUCCGUCGCCAAGGACAACGCCUCUACAGCAACAUCAAAUCCCUCGGCAUGCUCCUGGACUGGUCUUUUACUGAAACUGGCGUCAACCUCAUUCUGUGGAACGGACAAUAUGGUGCUCGAGCGGCAACCACGACAGAAGCUAUGCACUGGCUGUUCCCUGAAAUACCUCAUAUUCAAUACGCAUGCACUAAAUGCUUCGUGGAAUUUGGAAAUAAAAAAGAAUGGAUUCGGCACGAAAAUACCGAACAUUUUCAAAUGCAAGCCUGGCGUUGCCCCAAAAUCCUUGACCUGAACUUUUGUCCCGAUGACCCUGCUAAGGCUCUGUCUACAAAUUCCAGCGAGAAUGAAUGUGCCCGGUGCUUUGAUAGGAAAGACAAGUUACAAAAGCACCUCUGCAGUGAACACGGUUACAGAGAAGCUAAUGUCAAAGCUGUUGUGUCAGCAAGUGAAAUUGGGAGAAAUGGUCAGGGUCAGAAUUCCUGGACAGAACGUUUUGAUCAUAUCGAAAAACACUUUCAAAUAGGACGAAAGAUUGGUGAUUGGUUAUUGCCAGAUGGCAAUAAAACUUGUUAA